AUGACCAGCCACAGUUAUAAUAUCUACAAUGCGGUCUAUUCCAUGGCACAUGCGCUACACGCCGCAUACAAGUUGAGAUUGGAGGCAGUGACUGAGGAUAGCAAGAUUCUUCUGGAUGUCCCACCAUGGCAGUUCAACAACAGCGCUGGGGAAAAAGUGCAUUUGACUGGAAAUGAUAAGACAUCAACUGGCUACGAUAUUCUGAACUUGGUCUUCUUCCCAAAUCAAUCUUCAACUCUAGUGAAAGUUGGAAGGACGGAUCCUCGAGCUCCCCCAGGCCGAGAUUUCAACAUUAACGCAGAAGCAAUUGUUUGGCCAAACCAGAAGCUGCCUUUUUCCAGGUGUGUGGAGACUUGCUCGCCAGGGCACUGCAGAGAAGUUAGAGAAAACGAGCCAGUUUGCUGUUAUGGCUGUGCACGAUGUCCCAGGGGGGCAUUUUCUAACCAGACAGAUGCGGAUCACUGCACCCGGUGUCGAGAAGAUCAAUACCCAAACAAGGACCAGGACCGGUGCAUCUCCAAGAAGUUCAGCUUCCUUUCCUAUCAAGAGAGUUUGGGGCUGGCUUUAGCUUCUCUCGCUCUUUUGCUGUCUCUGACCACAGCUCUGGUCCUGGCAACAAUCAUCAAACACCGAGACACACCUGUGGUCAAAGCCAACAACCGAGACCUCACCUACGUCCUGCUCAUCUCCCUCCUGCUCUGCUUCCUCUGCUCCCUGCUGUUCAUUGGUCGGCCCACAAAGGUCGCCUGCCUUCUCCGCCAAAUUGGCUCCAGCACACUGUUCUCCAUUGCCAUUUCUUCCAUCUUGGCCAAAACCGUCCUCGUAGUUCUGGCCUUCAACGCCACUAAACCGGGAAACCUGACAAGAGGCCUCUUGGGGAGACAAUAUGUAAACGCCAUUGUCCUGGGCUGUCCUCUCCUCCAAACCCUUAUUUGUGCAAUAUGGUUGGGGACCUCCCCCCCAUUCCCAAACCGGGACUUCCAUUCUUUGGAGGAAGAGAUCAUAGAGGAAUGCAAUGAGGGGUCGGUCACCAUGUUUUACACCGCCCUGGGUUACAUGGGUUUUCUGGCUCUCGUAAGCUUCGUGGUGGCCUUCCUUGCUAGGAAAUUGCCAGACAGCUUCAAUGAAGCCAAGUUUAUCACCUUCAGCAUGCUGGUCUUUUGCAGCGUUUGGAUCUCCUUUGUGCCGACCUACUUGAGCACCAAAGGGAAGCUGAUGGUGGCCGUGGAAGUCUUCUCAAUCUUGGCUUCGGGUGCGGGUCUCCUGAGUUGCAUCUUUCUCCCCAAAUGCUACAUUCUGGUCUUGAGGCCUGAUCUCAACAGUAGAGAUCACCUCAUAAGGAAAAAAACCACCAUAGGAGCCUGAGUCCUGGGAUAUCCUCAACUAGGUGGAUUUCCAGCUAAUUCUGUCAAUCCAGGCAGACUGUUAAAAAUGUGA